AUGGCGAGAGUCGCUGUACUCCUCCUUCUUCUGGAGAUCGUCCUGGGCCAGCAAGAGCCCUUCAGGACGGAGCUUUUCCCUGAACAGCUGGAGCAACAGAGAAUCCAAUUCAGGCAAGGGGAUAUUCAGCGUAGGAUACAACAGCUACAGCAACUUCAACAGGUGGUGAGCGGCCCUCGCCUGGGGGAAGUCCUUCAGGAGAUGGAAUCGCUGGACCAGGAAUCGAAGAAACUGCAGGCGGACAUGCAACGCCUCCAGGAGAACAUCCAGAGGAGGCUGGCAGGUCUGGAUGUACCCUUCAAUCCGCAGGUCAUCGAGCAACCAGCGUCACCUGCUCCACCUCCACCAUCUCCGGAACCAGUUGAAGAUGUAAAAAGGCAGAUACCACCAACCACAACAGAACUUCCAGAUAUCCAGGAGGACUUCGUAUUGCCUUGUAGCAUGGAGACUGGCGAGGAAGGACUGUGUCGACCGCUUGUCAAGUGCCUGUCAUUCUACGCCGAUGUACCGGAGUUGAGGAAGCAGCCCUGUCCUUUGGGUCAGAACGACCAGCAGGGUGUCUGCUGCCCUCUGAAAACUCCAAAUGUGAGCGGAGGCGGACCAACCAGCAGCGGUGUGCUACGUUCACCUCCACCACCUCCCGUCCAGAUACCGCCCCUAACACCCCAGAACCUGGAGACAGCUGCUGAGACUGGAGUUGAGGCGAUCAGGGAAAGAUUUCAGUUCUUGGUGAACCUCUUCUCCAGGGGUAUCACGGUCAAACCAGGAACUCCAGCAAAAUGGCACCUCGACUUCUUCCCUACCACUAAUGAGACCUUGGCAGUAGGAGAUGAGGCACAGAAAAACAUCCAAGCGUCGAAGGCUCUUGUCGAUGAGUUUAGCCUGUCCCCAGCUCAGGGAACAUUCGCCCUUCCAAAGUUCAGCCUGUUGAACACUGUCCUCGCCGACACCUGCCCUCCAAGCGUGAGAUGCUUUGCUGCAAAAUACAGGACAAUGGAUGGCUCUUGCAACAAUCUUAGGAACCCGCACUGGGGUCAAGCAGGCACAGCUUUACAAAGGAUCCUACCACCAAAAUAUGCGGAUGGAGUCAACGCACCGAGAACUGGAGAAUUUGGGCCUCUUCCAAGUCCAAGAUUAAUAACUUUGUUCUAUGCAACUGAUGUUGAGUUCCCAUCAAACAAUUACACCAUGAUGGUGAUGCAAUGGGGACAAUUUUUGGAUCAUGAUCUCACACAUACACCAAUUUCAAGAGGAGCUAGUGGCAGUGGAAUAUCAUGCUGCAGAGAUGGACAAGUAAUCAGUCCUGAAUUGAGGCAUCCAGACUGUUUUCCAAUUGACCUACCAAGGAAUGAUAGAGUUUUUGCACCAUUUGGUGAACGAUGUAUGGAAUUUGCAAGAUCACUACCAGCUCCAAGACCAGAAUGUAACUUUGGGCCAAGAGAACAGAUGAAUCAAAUAACUGGUUACCUUGAUGCUUCUAACAUCUAUGGAUCAAACCGUGACACAGCAAGGAGUCUACGAUUGUUCAGAGGAGGGUUUUUAAGAGCUCAGAAUGUAAGAGGCCGAGCAUACCUUCCAGGAAAUCCUAAUGAGUGUACAGACAGAACAAACAGAUUGGCAUGUUUUAGUGCAGGAGAUGGAAGGGUAAAUGAACAAGUUGACUUGGCAUUAAUACACACUGUCUGGCUUCGAGAACAUAACAGAAUUGCUUCUAUUCUGCAGCGUAUCCACCCAAAUUGGUCUGAUGAAGCACUUUUCCAAGAAGCCAAACGUAUUGUGAUUGCAGAGUAUCAGCACAUCACAUACAAUGAAUAUCUUCCGAUUUUGCUAGGUCGAGCUUACAUGGAAAAAUCGUCAUUGGCACCAAAAGAUAAAGGAUGGACCACAUUAUAUGAUCCUAAUCUUAAUGGAGGAAUAACAAACGUUUUUGCAACUGCUGCUUUUAGAUUUGGACACAGCCAAAUUCAGAGUUUUCUCCAUGGGUAUGGGAGAUUUGGAAAUCUCAGGCAUAAUCUAGAAAUGAGCAAAAAUCACUUUGCUCCAUUCAUGCUAUACAAUGAAGGGUCUGUCGACGAUAUGCUGAGAGGACUUGCAGCACAACCAAUGCAGAAUGUGGAUAGGCACUUUACAAAUCAAAUUACAGAUCAUCUGUUCCAAGGAAACCUAGAUAUUGGGUUGGAUCUUGUUUCGCUGAAUAUUCAGAGAGGCCGUGAUCAUGGUCUCGCACCAUACAAUGACUGGAGAGAAGUAUGUGGCCUUCGCAGGGCUCGCAGAUGGGAAGAUCUUGAAGAACAAAUGGAGCCAUCGACUAUUGAGGUUAUUGCCCGACUGUACCAAAAUAUUGAAGAUGUGGACCUUUUCGUCGGUGCCAUGGGAGAAAAUCCAGUACAAGGAGCAAUUUUGGGGCCAACAUUUUUAUGUCUAAUUGGAGAUCAAUUCGCUAGGCUUAGGAGGGCUGAUAGGUUCUUCUAUGAAGAAGCAAAUCAACCUUCUUCAUUCACUUCUGAUCAACUAACUGAAAUAAGAAAAACAAGUUUGGCAAGAAUCCUUUGUGAUAACUCUGAUGAUCUAGCACGAAUCCAGCCUUUGGCAUUCAUUCAACCUUCAUUUUUGAAUCAAAGGAUACCAUGUGAUAGUCGAGCAAUACCAUCAAUGGAUCUCAGAGCUUGGAUUAAUGAAAACCCAGCAACAUAGAAGAAGCAUGGUAGAUAAAAUCAGAAAACUAAAUCAACUUAAAAAUAUGGGAUUGUUAUUUUUAAAUCCAUAAGAUUUGAGAUAACUGAUUAACGAACCAACAGAGUGUAAUAUAGUUAUGUUUUAACAAUGUAAAUAAAUUUAAAGUAUGAGGCACUAAUUGUGUAUGAUACACAUUUUUAGUAUAUCAUUAAGCAGUAAUGCAUUUUAUUUAUUUUAUUUUUGUCAUUUCAAACAUAUAUUAUCUUACUGCAAUAAACUCUCUUUUAUUCUGAGUUAUGUUAACAGAUUAUUCCAUCAUCUAGUGCCAAAAAAUUAUAUGCAAUAUUUUUUAAUUUUAUAAAAAAGAAAUUUUCAUUCUUUUAAAUAAAUAAUAACUUACAAAGUUCUUCUUAAUUAU